AUGGCUCGUACCAAACAGACUGCUCGCAAAUCCACUGGUGGCAAAGCUCCUCGCAAGCAGCUUGCAUCCAAGGCUGCUCGCAAGAGCGCACCUUCCACUGGCGGUGUCAAGAAGCCUCAUCGUUAUAAGCCUGGUACCGUUGCUCUUCGUGAGAUCCGUCGCUACCAGAAGUCGACUGAGCUUCUGAUUCGCAAGCUUCCCUUCCAGCGCCUGGUCCGUGAGAUCGCGCAAGAUUUCAAGAGUGAUCUUCGUUUCCAGAGCUCUGCCAUUGGCGCUCUGCAGGAAUCCGUCGAGUCUUACCUGGUUUCUCUUUUCGAGGACACCAACCUCUGCGCGAUUCACGCAAAGCGUGUUACCAUCCAAUCGAAGGAUAUUCAGCUUGCCCGUCGUCUGCGUGGCGAGCGUAAUUAA